UAGUUAUAUAGUGGUAAAGGUGUAUAUAUACGUUUUAUACGUGUGCUGCAGUACUCGGCAGCAGCGGAGCAUGUAUGUAUAUAUAUAAAGGCACCCACCAUCAUCAUCGGUAUAUACAACAGUACAACACACGGGCGGUUGUAAAAGUGCUUUAACCGCCGCGGGGACGACUCUCGCGCGUAUACAGCAGUCUCGCGUGCGACGCGCAGCCGUGCAGCAGUGUUGUGUACAUACUUGCCGCUCUAAAACUCGGUUUCGCACCUACAUAUACAUAUAUAACUAAUCGAACGCACCUGUCGCGCGAUUAUAUUGUAUUAUUACGAGCCCGCGCCGCCUGCCGUCUAUAUGUAAUAUAUAAUGUGCCGCCGACUCCUUGUGCUCGCUCAGUGAUAAAUAUACACGAGUAUCUCUUUUUUUUUUUUGGUCAAGUGAAGUUUCGCAGCGUCGCAGGAACCGGAGGACAUUUCAUUUCUCGUUAUUUCCAAGUGAAAAAAAAAGAAAUACCAUGAAGAGCGACAUAGCCCAGAUUCAGCACCGAGUGGAUCAGUUGCGUAAGGCGACCGAUCGGAUAAAGCGAGAGAUCGAGGAGGUGACGGAGCGCGAGCACGAGCUCAGGACCUGUGGCAGCAUAAAGACGCUGUCGUUGGAUCUGGUCGACUCCAAGGUGCGUCGAAUUUCCGAAGUGACGCAGCUGGGCAAUGGUCGUCUGAAACGCGCCACCUCGACGCCGCACAUACUCGAGCAUCAUAAUCGAUCGUCGACGCAGCAGCAGCAACAAGCCACGAAAAAGAUGACCAACGGAGUGAUGAUAUCGUCGACGCGCAACGGCAGCAAUGCAGGCAGCCUCGGCCAGCAUCAUCAUCAUCAGCCGCUGCGAUUCGCCCAGUCGCCCAGCCAGAAGGGCCUGAUGCAUCGCUUCCUGGCGACCCGAGGCAAGAUCUACACGUCGCCCGGUGGAGUCGCAACGGCGGACAGUCGCGAGGCCCUGCCCAGGCCCACCAUCACCCUCAAUCCCGAGAGCAUCAAGGCGCUGAAUCGCAGCUUGGAGAUGAGGAACAACAACAACAACAACAAUAAUAAUAAUGAUAACGGCAGCCCCAAGAAGUAUGCCAUGGACGACGAGCCGAAAUUGCCGCCGACCAGGAAGAACUUCGUGCCGGUGGAGAAGAAGAUACAGAAGGAGCUGAGCGAGAUGAGGGAGCGAGAGAACGAGCUCAGACUGAUGCGCUCGCAGAUGCUGGCCAAGUCCCAGCCGAAUCUGGCGGACAUCGGCACGGACACGGACUCGGACAUCUACGACGGCUCGGCGAGCUCGCUGAGGAGCGGCGCGUCGAGCAGCAAUCUCACCGAGGACGACGCGAUGACGAUCUCGAUGCCCGCCGAGAAGGAGAACAAAAUCGUUCGGCACAAAGUAAAUGGCAACAAAUAUAAAGUCUUGUGCACAAAUCCCCAUCCACGGAGACGGAGCAACCUGAUCGAGAAAUGGGAGAGCCUGAUCGCGGCGAAGAAGCAAGCCAGCGAGAACGGAAGCGACAACGCCAAUACGGUUUGAGGAGGCUCGAAUGCAGUUUGUUAUAUUGUGUGUGUUUACCUGUAUAUGUGUAUGUAUGAGUGUGCUUUAUUCUCGCUGGAGUGAGAAUAAUAAUUAAAAAAUGCGUGUGUUGUAAAAUGCAAAAAGUUUAUGCGGCCGAUUAGGCGAGAAGAUGUAAUUUGCCCUGUCGGCUGUGUGCAGUCUAUAUGUAUAAUUGUUAUCGAAAAUUCAAAAGAAUCGAGAGAUUUUUUUUCUGUAUAAAACUAAUCUUCAAUUACCAGUAUUUAAGUAAGGCAAUACUUAUGUGUUUUCAAGUACAUUGAAAUUCAUUCAGCGAUUGCAAAUAUUUUCCUAUGUACACAUUUAAUGUUUUUUUUAUUUACAUAAUAUUAUGAAAAAUAAUCGAGUGGAUAAAGAAUGUAUUCAAUUAUGUUGUAUAUGAUACAAUUUAAUUAAUUAAUAGCGUGAUUAAUUAACCUAGUACUUAAUUUUGUUGUUCGAGAAUAGUAUGAAAUUCUUGUAACGACAAACGAAUAAUAUAGUUAUUGAUAUUGAUAUAUUUUAUUUAUCAAAAUGAAAAUGAAAAUUUAAAUAUAAAUAUUCGAAUGAAUAUUAGAAUUAAAGAUUGAGUUGUUAUAAAUAAAUAAUUGUUAUGAGUGAAAUAUAUAUCUAAAUAAUGGAUUUCCAA